AUGGCCACAAAUCCUCCUCUUUCAGAUGAAGAAGAUUACAUAGACAUUGAAGUGAACUCUUAUUACUCUUACUUUUCUUGUCCUUCUACUAUCUCUUCCCCUCAAAAUAGAGAAUUUGAGUUUCAAUUGGCUUCCAUUAUAAAUGACAAAAAAACCACAACUUCUCCUGCUGAUGAAGUUUUCUUCAAAGGCAAACUCCUUCCUCUUCACCAAAAAAUACUUCCACCAUAUUCCUUUAAAGAAGAUGAAGAAGAAAGCUUUUGCAUAAACUUCUUAAUCACUAGCACUAACAACAGUCCAAUUAGGUCAAGCAAUAUUUCUUGUAGGGUGAGUUUUGAACUGAAUCCAAAUGAGUGGUUCAGUACCGAACUCACCACUAGUUCAAUAAAUGAUAACAAUAAUAGUCCUAAGAAAUUGUGGUCUAAGAAGUUCAAGCUAAUGAGUCAAAAGAUCAAAGCUUCAAGGGAAUUUCUCAAGUCUUUGUUUAGCAAAUAUUCUUGCAAGAAAACCCCAUUAAAAAAUAAUGGAAUAUUAUGUGGUGCAAGUCCAACACUAGCUAGUACAAUAAAGAACAUUAAUAGAGCUGAUGAGGAUAAUAAUGUCAACAAUAAUUAUAGUUCAAGGUCCUUUUCAGCUGCAGCAGAAAUCAAAUGGAAUUCUCCAACAAAAAGUUUGUCUUCCUCAUGUGGUGGUUCUACUUCUUUCUCAUCAUCUUAUUGUUCCUUCAACUCUAAUAAUGAUGACUUGAGUUUACUCAAGAGAAGCAACAGUUUCACUUCACAGAUGGGUUCAAUUGAGGCUGCUAUUGCUUAUUGUAAAAAGUCCUAA